CCCAUCUACAGACAGAAAACCACUGAGCGAACAGCCGGGACUAGAGCCAAGCCCAAGCAUGGAGAUGGUUCUGGUGAGCGCGGCGACGGGUGCACUGAAACCCGUCCUCGAGAAGUUGUUUGCCCUCAUGGGUGACGAGUACAAGCGUUUUAAGGGUGUGCGUGGUGAGAUUCAGUUCCUCACGGAUGAGCUCACCGCCAUGCAUGCCUUUCUCCUCAAGAUGUCUGAGGAGGAGGAACCUGAUGAGCAAGAUAAAGUGUGGAUGACUGCGGUCCGGGAGCUCUCCUAUGACAUGGAGGACUCGAUCGAUGACUUCAUGCAAGGUGUUGGCAACAAAGAUUCAAAGCCAGAUGGCUUCAUAGAGAAGAUCAAGAACUCACUUGGGAAGUUAGGGAAGAUGAAGGCUCGUCGUAGGAUUGGUAACGAGAUCCAUGAUCUGAAAAAACAGAUCAUCGAUGUCGCCGAGAGGAAUGAAAGGUACAAGACCCGGCAGGCCAUCUCCAACAUAAAAAAUGAAGUUGUUGAUCCUAGAGCUCUUGUUAUCUUUGAGCAUGCCUCAAAGCUCAUCGGAAUGGAUAGACCAAAGGCUGAUCUAGCCAAACUGUUGAAUAAGAGAAAUGGAUGGGUGUCAUCGAAGGAGGAAGAGCCGCUGAAAAUAGUUUCCAUUGUUGGAUCUGGAGGAUUGGGCAAGACAACUCUUGCAAAUCAAGUGUAUCAAGAGCACAAAAAGGAAUUCGACUGUUGUGCUUUCCUAUCCGUGUCACGGAAGCCAGCCAUGAUGAACAUCCUUAGAAGUAUUCUUAGUCAAGUCAGCAAUCAACGUUACGAUGACACCAAAGCAGGGAGCAUACAACAAGUCAUCAGCAACAUCACAGAAUUCCUUGCGGACAAAAGGUACUUUAUUGUUGUUGAUGAUAUAUGGGAUGUAAAAACAUGGGAUGUUAUUAAGUGUGCAUUUCCCAUGAACACUUGUGGAAGUAUCCUAAUCACCACUACUCGUAUGACUGAUGUUGCUCGGGCAUGUUGUUCAUCAUUUGUUGGUCACAUCUACAAUAUGAGGCCUCUUGAUAUGGCACAGUCAAGAAAACUAUUUUACACAAGACUAGACUCCAAAGAAGAUUGCCUUGAGCACCUUGAAGAAGUUUGUGAUCAAAUUUUAGAAAAAUGUGCCGGUUCACCUUUGGCAAUCAUUGCUAUAUCUGGUUUGUUGGCUAACAGAGAAAAUACCAUUGAAGAAUGGGAUAGAGUGAAAAAUUCAAUUGGACGUACACUUGAAAGAAAUGCUACCGUGGAAUUAAUGAUGAAGAUAUUAUCACUUAGCUAUUUUGAUCUUCCUGCUCAUCUGAAGACUUGUCUACUGUAUCUGAGUAUAUUUCCAGAGGACUAUAUUAUUGAGAAGAAGGACCUGAUAAGGAGAUGGAUUGGUGAAGGGUUCAUACGUAAAGAGGGCAGAUAUACAUUAUAUGAGUUAGGACAAAGGUAUUUUAAUGAGCUAAUCAAUAGGAGUCUGGUCCAGCCUGUUAAGUCAAAUGAACAUGGUGUGGUGAUGAGUUGUCGAGUUCAUGACACAAUUCUUGAUUUCAUCACAUCCAAGUCCAUUGAAGAGAACUUUGUUACUUUCAAUGGUCUUCCGGAUCUAAACACUGUGACACAGCGCAAAGUUCGUCGUCUAUCUCUCCAAGUUGGGAAUCAAGGAAAUUCUUCAAAUAGCUUGUUGUUGUCUCAUGUCCGAUCAAUUAAUGUGUUUGGGUAUUCCGGAGAAAUUCCUUCUCUGGAUAAGUUCAAGUAUUCGCGUGUUUUAGACUUUGGAGGCUUUAGCCAACUGGAGAGCCAUCAUCUUGCAAAUAUAGGGAGAUUGUUUCAGUUAAAGCACCUGAACUUGAGAAACACAAGAAUAAAUGAGUUAUCAGAACAAAUCGGACUUCUAGUGUUCUUACAGAUGCUGGACAUAAGAGGCACAUACGUGAAUAAAUUACCUGCAUCUAUUGCUAAUCUCAGAAGAUUGGUGUAUCUCCUCACGGACACGGGUGUUAUAUUUCCAGAUGGAAUUGCCAAGAUGCAAGCACUGGAGAUACUGAAGCGGGUCGCAGUCUUCAAGCAAUCAGUUAACUUUCUGCAAGAAGUUGGCCAACUAAAGAAUAUGCGAAAGCUGAUCCUAGAUUGUGAAGAAAAUACAGCAGCAGUUAAGGAGCAGGGUGAUGCAACGGGAGUUAAGGAGGAGCGCAAUAAAGCUAUUGGCUGUUCUCUCCAUAAACUGUGGACACAGAACAUUGGUUCUGUAACUAUUUGGAAUCAUGAAUGCCGUAUCUCGGUGGAACCAAAGAGCAAGAAACUUAUGGGUGGGGCACCGCAAGUUCAGAGUUGGAUGGGCUUCCUCAUCAAUCUCCAAGAGUUGCAGCUUGAAGUGCAGGGAGUCGACCAGGAACAUAUCUGCAUCCUUGGAGGCUUACCAGCUCUGAUUGUCCUGAAGAUGAAAGUAGCAGCAAAGGGUAAUGACCUGCUCAGAGUCAGUGGUGCAGUUGGGUUCCCAUGCUUGAGGGAGUUACUUUAUCAUAAAGUACUGUUUGGAGGGAUGGAUCUAUUGUUUGAACCAGGAUCCAUGCCCAAGCUAGAGAAACUUGAUCUUCUGUUCAACGCAGCGGAAUGUGACUCUCUCAGCAGCGAAGCUUUCGAUCUCGGAAUCGGUAACCUCCUCAACCUCGGCAGUGUCAAAUGUGAAGUACGUGGCUGGCUCAACAGUGCUGUUUCAGCAGCAAAGGCUUAUUUGGAGAAAACAGCCAGGACACAUCCCAACUGCCCUACUCUACUGCUUGCAUAGAUCGAUAUAUGGUUGUGCUGCAUCAAGCCACCCUACUAUCAGAGCUUGGGGCGAAACUUGACACGCAGGAUGCUGCAGCUUCAAGAAUUCAGCACUUCCUCCCGCAAAAAAAAAAAGAAUUCAGCACUUCAGUUCAGUCUUAGAUCAGUUCAUCAUUUGUGUGUUGAACUUCCUGCCGACACACCGAACGUUUUUCACUUCUUUGUAUGUGGGAUGCAUGAAUCUUAUGCCCAGUGUGUGCGGGUACUUAUGAAUCUGUAGGCUUUAUCUUGAACGUUUGUUAUUAUU